AUGAAUUCCAUUCAUAAAUUAGCAGCUCAGUACUUCCAACUGGUGGAACUACACCAUCUGGAUAUCCCGCCAGGCUCAGUGCUUGUCCAACCAGAUGUACAAACAGCAUUAUACGAGUACAUGUUCGACGAAACUAUCUUUCCCAUUCCACCAAACAGCUACCGAAGCCGAGUUCUGAAACAGAUUAUCUCACGAAUCGAGGAAUCAAUCACUGACCCAGAGCAGGAUGAAUUAAACGACAAUCUCAUGGAGUGCUGGAGCACCCUACUUUCCCAGCCAAAACCCUCAUCUCUUGAACAAGCCCAACAACUCUCUUUAGUAAAAUAUACAGCACCCAACAAGCCCACGCUCACAGUAACGACCUCCGAAUCACGAGGUCUUAUUCUCUCCGGCGGCACGACGGGCAACCGAACCUGGGAAGCAGCGCUGCAUCUCGGCUCAUUUCUUGCCUCUGAGGCCGGCGAGACACUGCGCGGCAAGAGGGUUAUCGAGCUCGGCGCUGGGACGGGAUUCCUUGCUCUUUUCUGUGCGCGCCAUCUUGGUGUUGAGAGUGUUGUUGUUACGGACCGGGAGCCCUUCUUGAUUGAUAAUAUUCGUGCUUGUGUGCGGUAUAAUCUCGAUGGGAGAGAGGGCAUUCCAAUCUACCCGGCUGUUUGGGAGUGGGGAACGCCGUUGGAAAGGACUGGGGAGCUAGAUGGUGUUGCUGGUGACGGGUUGAAAUUUGAUAUUGCGCUUGGAGCUGAUUUGAUCUAUGAUUCCGAUCUCGUUCCCUUGUUGCUGUCUACUGUGCGGGAUCUUUUCGAGAAUUAUGGUGUUCAGCAAUUUAUCAUUGCUGCGACGUUGCGCAACGAGGAUACGUUCCGGACUUUCUUGAAUGGAUGUGAAACAAACACUUUCGCCGUUGAGACUCUUCCCUUCGAGUCUACACCUUCAAAAGACCAAACAGGGUUCUUCCACUCGACCAGCAUUCCAAUCAGGACAUAUCGGAUCUCGCGGACAAAAUAA